GGCUGCUGACAUUCCAGGAUGUGACCAUAGAUUUCACUCAAGAGGAGUGGGAAUGCCUGGACCUCGGUCAGCGGGAAUUGUACAGGGACGUGAUGUUAGAGAACUAUGGGAAUCUGGCCUGCUUGGGUCUAGUGGUCUCUAAGCCGGGCCUGGUCAAGUUUCUGGAGGAAAUGAAGGAUCCCUGGGAUGUAAGGAGAAUGGAGACAGCCAUACACCCAGCAGUUGCAGGUUAAACAGCUGCAUGGAUGCCUUUGAAGGUAUUUUCUCAAGAUGCAGAUGUGAGUUUGCGACGUAACAUCCCCAGAGAAGACGCAGAGCAGGAGGAAGAAGAGGAGGAAAUGGCAGCUUCUCAGGGGCUGCUGACAUUCCAGGAUGUGACCAUAGAUUUCACUCAAGAGGAGUGGGAAUACCUGGACCCCGGUCAGCGGGAAUUGUACAGGGACGUGAUGUUAGAGAACUACGGGAAUCUGGCCUGCUUGGGUCUUGUGGUCUCUAAGCCGGACCUGGUCAAGUUUCUGGAGCAAAUGAAGGAUCCCUGGGAUGUAAGGAGAAUGGAGACAGCCAUACACCCAGCUGUGUCUUCUCACGACACCCAGGGUUUGAGGACCCAAAAACCAGGCUUAGAAGAUUUACUCCUAACUGCAAAGCUAGGAAUAUAUGAAAGAUUUCACCUUGGAAAUUUACAUUUAACCAAAGACUGGGAAUCUAUGAGGGCAUGUAAAGAGCGGAGAGCAUGUUAUGAUGGACACAACCAAGUUGGUACAGUUUCCCAUAAAGUAAACAUUACCGCCAAAAGAAAUCAAGGAUGUGAAUCAAAUAAGGAAAAACCAAUUUCAGAUGACCAAUUUCAGUCAUCAACAUCUGCAGAUGAGUGUAUAUUUGUCAGCAAAGAUCCACGUCACCUCUUGAAACAUACAUGUCCUCUGAAGGGAAAUAUGGAAAAUCUGGAAAGUCAUCUAGUCUCUACUGCAAAUACUCAUUCCAACCUAUACUCUGAGCAUAGCUGUCUAUUAAAUAUAGAUUCAAACAUGUCUGGAGACCAGAAACUUAAAAAUGAGGGGGGAAAUUCUCAAUACAAUCAAUUUGAGGGAUCCUUUAACAAGGGUUUCUUGUUCUUCAACCAACAACUAUUGUCUCCUUGUUCCAAAGUGUGGAAUGUUGAUUAUAAUGGAAGACACCUUAUUCAACCGUCAUUAUUCAAUACAUAUGGAGGUAUAAUUAGUGUGGAACAACUUUCCAAGUGUAACAAAAUGAGUAAUGCCUUAAGCAGGAGCUCUACCCCCAAUAAUUACAAGAGUAUACAUGAUGGAAUGAGAAGCUCUUCAUGCAAUGAAACUGGCCAUAAUGUUGACCAAGACUCAUAUCUCCUGAAACAACAGGGACAUCAAUUUUCAGACAACAAUUCUGAACAUAAUAAGUGUAGGAAUAUAUUUCAUCAAAACUCAAAUCUUACUAUUAAUACUUAUAAGAGUAUGGAUAUUGGAGAGAAGACUUAUGAUUGUUGUGAUUAUAGUAAAGUUGUUAACCAAUCUUCAAAACUUAUUCAACAGCAGAAUAUUCAGACUGAGCAGAAACAUUGCAAGUGUAAUACCUGUGGAAAAGUCUGUAGUAACUCACCAAAUCGAAGCAGACAUACGAAAAUUCAUUCAAGAAGGAAAGAUUUGAGAUGUACAGCAUGUGGCAAAGCCUUUAAUCAGAGUUCAUAUUUAACUGAACAUCAGCGAAUCCUUACUGGGGAGAAACCAUACAAAUGUACAGAAUGUGGCAAAGCCUUUAUCCAUUAUUCACUACUUACUCAACAUCAACGAGUCCAUACUGGGGAGAGACCUUAUAAAUGUACAGCAUGUGGCAAGGCUUUUAAGCAGAGUUCAACUUUGACUCAACAUCAACGAAUCCAUACUGGGGAGAGACCGUAUAAAUGUACAACAUGUGGCAAGGCUUUUAAGGAGAUUUCAACUUUAACUCAACAUCAGCGAAUCCAUACUGGGGAGAGACCUUAUAAAUGUAAAGCAUGUGGCAAGGGUUUUAAGCAGCGUUCAGGUUUAACUGAACAUUACCAAAUCCAUACUGGGGACAGACCUUAUAAAUGUACAGAAUGUGGCAAAGCCUUUAUCAGUUGUUCACUUCUUAUGCGACAUCAACGAAUCCAUACUGGGGAGAGACCUUAUAAAUGUACUGAAUGUGGCAAAGCCUUUAUGAAUUAUUCACAUCUUACUCGACAUGAACGAAUCCAUACUGGGAAGAGACCUUAUAAAUGUACAGCAUGUGGCAAGGCUUUUAAGGAGAUUUCAACUUUAACUCAACAUCAGCGAAUCCAUACUGGGGAGAGACCUUAUAAAUGUACAGCAUGUGGCAAGACUUUUAAGCAGCGUUCAGGUUUAACUGAACAUCACCAAAUCCAUAGUGGGGAGAGACCAUAUAAAUGUACAGCAUGUGGCAAAGCCUUUAUCAAUUGUUCACUUCUUACGCGACAUCAACGAAUCCAUACUGGGGAGAGACCUUAUAAAUGUACAGAAUGUGGCAAAGCCUUUAUGUAUUAUUCACAUCUUAAUCGACAUGAACGAAUCCAUACUGGGAAGAGACCUUAUAAAUGUACAGCAUGUGGCAACGCUUUUAAGGAGAUUUCAACCUUAACUCAACAUCAGCGAAUCCAUACUGGGGAGAGACCUUAUAAAUGUAAAGCAUGUGGCAAGGCUUUUAAGCAGCGUUCAGCUUUAACUGAACAUCACCGAAUCCAUACUGGGGAGUGACCUUAUAAAUGUACAGCAUGUGGCAAAGCCUUUAUCAAUUGUUCACUUCUUACGCGACAUCAGAGAAUCCAUACUGGGGAGAGACCUUAUAAAUGUACAGCAUGUGGCAAGGCUUUUAAGCAGAGUUCCAAUUUAAGUCAACAUCAGCGAAUCCAUAUCGGGGAAAGACCUUAUAAAUGUACAGACUCUGGCAAAUCCUUUUCCCAGAGUUCAGGUCUUUCUGGACAUCAGAGAGAUCAUACUGCAGAGAAAUGUUAGAAAUGUAAGGAAUGUGGCAAAGCAUUUCAUCACAGUCAUCACCUCACUCACAAUCAAAGAAUACAUAGUGCAGAGAAACCCUAGAAAUGAAUCAGUGAUAAAAAAAAAAAGUUGGUCCCAAAUAUACAAUUUUGAAAAAACGAGUGUUUUCUUUGGAAAGAUACAUGAGUGAAAUAAAAAAAAAUGUAAAAAACUGCUUAAUCAAACAUCAAAAGUAACUCAAUACCAGAAAAUUCAUCCUAGAAAGCAUGUCAUUAGUACCACUUUUCUUGAAUUAGUCUCAGCAGAAACACUGUAGCAAGUAUUCCAUAAGUAAAACACAUACAAAUAUGAUAUGUUAGUAUGGAUCACAAGAUGAAGGGGUGGACAUUUGCAGAGGUAUAAUUAUUAUUAAUGUAUCCUUGUCUAUGUUAAGUUAUUUCAGAUUAUUAAGGACCCAAAACGAAUGUAAUUCAACUCUCAAAUUACUACAUGCUGUGAUUUGUUUCUACUCUAUAUAUGAACUUCUGUUUUUGAUGGUUGUUGCCCAAUGGUAAGAGAAGCCCUUCAAUAUUAAGUGGGAAUCAUUGACAUUUAUUCUCCAAUUUAUAAGAUUAAGAACACAGUCGUGUUAUAUACACACUAAACCUCUGAAUGGAGGUAUUUGUCACUGAUGUCAAACACCUCAGUGGUCACCAUGAUGUAAGUGUUCAGGGAAUAAUUCAAAGUAAGACAGAAGUUUGUUCUAAGUUUUCAAUAAUUAUGUCACUUGCUUUUUAAGCAUAAAAGAAGGAUAGUUCAUGAAAAUCUAAGGUAUUUUUAUAACAGCAACAUAGAGAAAUCAUGCAUAUUAUCUGGCAGGCUUGAAGUAAGGACACCUUCUCUUCUAUCUGAUGUAAGUAUAGAAAACUCUUUCUGGAAAAGUCAUAUUAAUAUAAUGAAUGUCCAUCCAUGUUUAGUAAAUUAGCCUCCAUUUUGUAAACCAUAUAAAUCACAUUCUCAGAUCAUUUCAUCAGAGAAACAGGACAGUUUUUAGAAGCUUGUAAUGUGUAUUUUAAUCAAGGAUCAAACAACAAUUGAAAAAGGUUUUAUUCCAUCUGUGUAAAAUUAAUGUAU